UGCUGCUUCUGUGCGAGAGCCCCGCCGAGCCGCCGCGCGCUCAGCGCCGGCCCCGCGCUGCGCGAGGAGUGCCCCGCAGACAUGGUGAAGAUGACCAAGUCCAAAACCUUCCAAGCUUAUCUGCCAAACUGCCACCCGCACGUACCAGCUGUGUCCACUGCAGAGCCCCACCUGGCCAAUCCCGACGAGCUCAUUCUCCAAGGCAAGUGCUGUUGUCCCGGCGCGGGGUCCUUUCAGGGAAGCCAGGGCCGCGCCUACCUCUUCAAUUCUGUGGUGAACGUGGGCUGCGGCCCUGCCGAGGAGAGGGUCCUUCUCACCGGCCUGCACGCCGUCGCAGACAUCUACUGUGAGAACUGCAAAACCACGCUCGGGUGGAAAUACGAACACGCCUUUGAAAGCAGUCAGAAAUAUAAGGAAGGGAAAUUUAUCAUUGAGCUUGCCCACAUGAUCAAAGACAAUGGUUGGGAGUAAAGCGAAGGCUUCCUGUUCUCUUCUGAAUCCUGUUUUGCGAGAGACUUUAUUGGAAUGGAAACAGGAGCGUCCUGGAUGACUAUUUCUUGAACUUGAACCUUGCAAGCCUGCCUCUUCCGGCCGUUCCCAUGGGUAAGGCUCCAUUUGGUCUAUGUCCUCUUCAUGUAUGUGGUCGUUUCAGAAACGUUCCAGUGACCCUUUUCUAGUGUCUCAAAUCCUAGAGGAAGAAUUAACCAGC